AUAUCCACUCAAAGUUGACAAUUAUGUUUCUAUCCGUACUGGUUCUCUUCAUGUUCAACGCACUUUGUUAUGGCAAUUCCGAAAAGCCUUGUGCUUUGAAGGAGCAUUUAAUCAAAGAGAUUGACAGGAACUUGGUGGAACUGAAAUCUAUACCAGUUCAUACACCCAAGUAUCACGGACAUAGCGCUGCAAAUUAUAUCAGAUGGGGAAAGUCCAGCUGCCCACAAGAUUCAACACUUGUUUAUGACGGAUAUGCUGCCGGUCAUCAUUAUGCCAUUGGAGGAUCAGGUUCAAAUUUUCUUUGUCUACCAAAGAAUCCGGAAUGGAAAGACUAUGUUGACGGUCAUCAGAACUCAAAAGGUCGUUUAUAUGGUGUUGAAUAUGAAAUAUAUAGCAAUAAACCAUACCCAAAGAGUUUCUUGGAUAAAGACAUGCCUUGCGCCGUAUGUUUAACAUCUAAAUCGACAGUUCUAAUGAUUCCAGGAAAAAUCAAUUGCCAUGAAGGUUGGCACAAAGAAUUCUCGGGUUAUUUGAUGUCAGAAUACAGCAGUAAAGAACGUUUUCCGUCUGAAUACAUAUGUGUAGACGAGAAGUUGGAGUCUGUUCCUGGUGGUGACGGUGGUCGCAAUGAAGCUGUUGUUUACUCAGUAGAAGCUGUCUGUGGAAGUUUGAAAUGUCCUCCAUAUGUCAAUGGCAGAGAACUGACCUGUGUCGUCUGCUCAAAAUAA